AAAAAAAUGAAUCCAUUUCCAAACUUUCCGAAAAUCGGUUCUGCUUUCUCCCCCCUUCUCUCUCUCUUCUGAAGAACAAAACCCCCAAAAAAUUCAAAUAAAAUACUGAAAAAUCUCUCACUUUUGGGCGUUUGGGGAGAAAGCUAUUGCAUUUUAAUUUUAUAUCAAAAUUGAAAUUCUGAAUUUGCAUUUGGGAUUUGGGGUUUCAGUUUUGAUUCCGGGAAUCUGUGAAGGUUUUUUUUUUUUUUUUUUAAUUUUUAUUUUGAUGGUUCAGCUGAUGGGAUCGUUGCAUUCACAGAGUAUUGAGGAUUUUACUGAAGAACAGUAUGCAUCUCUCGCGAAACGGUCUCGUUUCGCCACCGCCCCUCUUGAUCAGUUGAGCACAGGGAACCAUGUGUUUGCAGUCCCGGCUUCGCAGUACAAUCCACUUGACGAGCCAAGCCCGUUGGGUUUGAGGCUCAGAAAAAGUCCGUCAUUGUUGGAUUUGAUCCAAAUGAGGCUCUCUCAAGGAGGUAGUGCUUCAGUCUCGAUGACACCUAGUGAAAUUGCUGACUCUGGAAUCAAGAAAGAGGUCAAAGGGAGUACUGCUUCAAGUGCUAAUGACAAGUUGAAGGCUUCGAAUUUUCCCGCUUCGUUAUUGAGAAUCGGCAGCUGGGAGUAUGUGUCAAAAUAUGAAGGUGAUCUGGUGGCGAAGUGUUAUUUUGCGAAGCAUAAGCUUGUCUGGGAAGUUCUUGAAGGUGGUCUAAAGAGUAAAAUCGAGAUCCAGUGGUCUGAUAUUACAGCUCUGAAAGCUGACUGUCCUAGUGAUGCUCCCGGCAGUAUAACCAUAGUGUUAGCUCGGCCACCUGUCUUUUACCGGGAGACCAAUCCACAACCCAGAAAACAUACUCUGUGGCAGGCAACCACCGAUUUUACUGAUGAACAGGCUAGCAUAAACAAGCAACAUUACAUACAGUGCCCUCCAGGCGUGCUGGACAAGCAUUAUGAGAAGCUUAUCCAAUGUGACAUGCGUCUUAAUAUUUUGAGCCGACAACCUGAACUAGUUAUGGAUUCGCCAUUCUUCGAACCACAACCUUCUCUUUCCGAAAAUUCAGAAGAAUCUAAAGGCGAUGGAUCCAAUCAGCUGCCAGCAGUUGCUAAAGGAUCCCCCAUCUCCGUAUUUCAAGAUACGGCACCAGAAGCUACUGCACAGUUAUCUUCCUCCAGUUUUGGACAGAAUUCUUUAGCAGUUCAAAAUGUUUCUAAAGAAGCGGCAUCACCUAGCUCAGUAGUGAUGGAUACCCAAGCAAUGGAAGGACAAAAAAGCCGGGACUCGUUGAAGAUACAAGGGCUACGCCCCUCAAUGUCAAUGAGUGAUCUUGUGAACCAGAUCGAAAACUGUAUUUCAGAGCAGAUGACCUCAGGAAAUUUACCCUCAGAAACUGCAUCAGAAUGCCAUGACAUGCUGGAAAACAUCGCCCAAGUUUUGCUAAGCGACAACAAUUGUGCAACGGGAUUGGACGAAAAGUCGCUCAUGAAAAAGGUGAAUUCUCUUUGCUGCUUACUACAGGAUCCUGUCACAGCUUCCAAUGAUGGAGAAAACCAUUACAAAACUGCUGAUAAUCGAGGAAAGAACGCGUGCUUUGACUUUGUGAGCGACUCCUGUACAAAUGAGAAGGUCUCUGAUGGGAAUUUAAAGCCGGCAGCACCUGGCUUGACAAGAAAAGACUCGUUGAGUGACUUGCUUAGCCAUCUUCCGAGUAUUGCUUCUCUUCCGAAACUUCCAAAGUUCUUGUUUGGCAUAGAAGAAGAUGGUGAAUACUAAGCUCUACAUAUACAUAUAGUUAUUUGUUGAUCCAUCGAUAUUUAUAUAUAAUUAUGUAUAUGUUGAUAGCUAUGUAGCUGAUUUUGGUUUGUAUCCUCGGUUGGUUUAGAAGUGUUUUGAUUGGUUAAGUGCGGUUUGGGUGUUGAGAUAGGAUUCUGAAAUCGAGGUUUAUGAAGGGUCCUGAUAAUGAUUGAUAGUGCAAGAAUAGGAUUGGUGCAACUCUUCUCUCUUCAGUUGUCUUUCAGAUUUAGGAAACAUUAUUAUUAUGUA